AUGGCCCGCUUCAACCCGAUGCUCGUCGUCGCGGCGGCGGCACUCGUCGGCGCCACGCUCGCCACGUGCAAGAGCAACACCGGCCUCCUGCAGAUGGUGACCUACGUGAAGCGUCAUCCAGACUUCACGCGCCAGGAGUUCUGGGACUACUGGCAGACGCAGCACGCGCCGAGGGUCGCGCCCCUGGCCGCGCACUUCAACAUCAGCCGCUACCAGCAGGUCCAAGUCGGAGGCAAGAUCCCCGCCACCGUAGCCGGCGCCGCGGAGCCCGCGUCGAACGAGCUCGUCGACUUUGACGGCAUCGCCAUGUUCCUGUACGAGGCGCCCGAGGUCCUCGGCGCCAUGCUCUCGCACCCGUACUACACCGCCGUCGUUGAGCCCGACGAGCCCGUCUUCAUCGACAAGUCGGCGCCGGGCAACGGCAUGGUCGCGACGUACAUUGGCAACCAUGUCGAGGUCGUCGAUAGGGCGAGGGACGUCUGGGUGGGAGACGACGCCACGCGCAUCAAGUUCCAGCAGCUGUUCGACUCGUAUGCGUAG